GCCUUAGUCCGCUGUACCCUCCCCUGGGCGGAGUGGAGCCCAGUCUUGCUGGUCUGAGGCAUGAGGAAGCUGGGGCUACUGCUCAGUCGUUGUGCCGCGGCGUGGAAGUCCGUGCGAAUGGCAAGCUCCGGGAUGGCCCGCCGGGCCCCGCUCACGAAUAAGGUGGCUCUCGUGACGGCCUCCACUGACGGGAUCGGCUUCGCCAUUGCCAGGCGUCUGGCUCAGGAUGGGGCCCACGUGGUCAUCAGCAGCCGGAAGCAGCAGAAUGUGGACCGAGCAGUGGCCACACUGAAAGGAGAGGGACUGAGUGUGACGGGCACCGUGUGCCAUGUAGGGAAGGCCGAGGACCGGGAGCGGCUGGUGGCCACGGCUGUGAAGCUUCAUGGAGGUAUUGACAUCCUUGUCUCCAAUGCUGCUGUCAACCCUUUCUUUGGAAGUCUAAUGGAUGUCACCGAGGAGGUGUGGGACAAGGUUCUGAACAUUAAUGUGAAGGCCACAGCCCUGAUGACAACGGCAGUGGUGCCAGAAAUGGAGAAACGAGGAGGUGGCUCAGUGGUGAUUGUGGCCUCCGUAGCAGCCUUCGUUCCAUUCCCUGCCCUGGGCCCUUACAAUGUUAGUAAAACAGCUUUGCUGGGCCUCACCAAGAACCUGGCCAUAGAGCUGGCCCCAAGGAACAUUAGGGUGAACUGCCUGGCACCUGGACUUAUCAAGACUAACUUCAGCAGAGUGCUGUGGAUGGACAAGGAAAGAGAGGAAAGCAUAAAAGAAACCAUACGAAUAAGAAGGAUAGGCACGCCGGAAGACUGUGCAGGCAUUGUGUCUUUCAUGUGCUCUGAAGAUGCCAGCUACAUCACUGGGGAGACAGUGGUGGUGGCUGGAGGAAUCCCAUCCCGCCUCUGAGGACCUGGAGACAACUGACAAGGCAGAGGUGGCUCCAGUUCCUGCAUUCAUCCACUGGCCUUUCCCACCUCUGCCCACCACGCUGCUCACCUUAAAAAUCAGUUCUGCUUUGUGACAAGAUCCAUCCUUCCCUUUGGUCAAGGUGGGGUCUUAUGAGGAUUCCCACUGUUGCCGUGGCCUUAGAUAAGGCUUUGUCUGAGAACACAGGGCAGGCCUGCUGAGAAAGCUGAGUCCACCUUGGCAAAGGCCGACAAGUUUUUUUGGUUUUUUUUUUCUGGGCCUCUGGGGAAUUUGAGAGAUGGGAGAGAAGGAACCUGGAGGGGAAGGAGCAGAGUUGGAAAUUAACUUGCAAAUGAGGUGCAAAUAAAAUACAGAUGAUAGCAUUGCUUUGAA